GUCUCAUCACCAGCAGCCAGUCCGCGGCCUACGCCAUCAGCAAGUUCGUCAGCGGGGUCCUCUCCGACCAGCUGAGCGCCCGCUGGCUCUUCUCGGCCGGACUGCUGAUGGUGGGCUCGGUCAACGUGGUGUUCUCCUGGAGCUCCACCGUGACGGCCUUCGCGGGGCUCUGGUUCCUCAACGGCCUGGCCCAGGGGCUGGGCUGGCCGCCCUGCGGGAAGAUCCUGCGCAAGUGGUUUGAGCCUUCCCAGUUCGGGACGUGGUGGGCAGUCCUGUCUACAAGCAUGAACUUGGCCGGGGGCCUGGGCCCCAUCAUUGCUGCUCUGGUGUCUCUGCACUACGACUGGCGCACAACUUUGUCCUUCUCCGGCUUCGUCUGCGUGGUCGUCUCCUUCGUUUGCCUUGUCCUGAUUAAAAACGAGCCCUCGGACGUUGGGCUGCCCAACAUCGAACAAGCGGCCAAGAAAGGCAAGAAAGGCUCCGCCAGCGACAACAGCACUUUGACAGAGCUGCUGCUUUCCCCCUACCUCUGGGUGCUCUCAACGGGCUACCUGGUGGUGUUUGGAGUGAAAACCUGCUGCACCGACUGGGGACAGCUCUUCCUGAUCCAGGAGAGGGGACAGUCCGUGCUCGUGGGUAGCUCCUACAUGAGCGCGCUGGAGAUCGGGGGUCUGGUGGGAAGCAUCGCUGCUGGAUACCUUUCUGACAGAGCGGUAGCAAGGUCGGGUCUGUCGAGCUACGGGAACCCUCGGCACGCGCUGCUGCUGUCCAUGAUGGCCGGGAUGUGCGUGUCCAUGUUCCUCUUCCGUGUGACGGUGACUGCUGAGUCUCCCAAGGAAAGCCACUUCUGGACUGUAGCCUUGCAACCUCUCGCUGAUCUUACAGGCCUCACAGAGCACGAGCUGUGGAUCCUGACCCUGGGAGCCGUGUUCGGGUUCUCCUCCUACGGGCCCAUCGCCCUCUUUGGGGUCAUAGCCAACGAAAGCGCCCCCGCCAACCUCUGUGGCACCUCCCACGCCAUAGUGGCGCUCAUGGCCAACGUUGGGGGUUUUCUGGCCGGACUUCCCUUCAGUACUAUUGCCAAGCACUACAGCUGGGCCACAGCCUUCUGGGUGGCCGAAAUGACCUGCACGGGCAGCACGGUGGCUUUCUUCCUGCUGCGCAACAUCCGCACCAAGAUGGGCCGGGUCCCCAGGAAGGCGGAUUGA